CAAAUCUUUGGUGCUCCUUCGGUCUCUUAUCCUAAUUAAGUUAGUGCAAAGAUUAUGGCUUCCAAACCUGGCAUACUAACCAAUUGGCCCUGGAAGCCUCUCGGGAGUUUCAAGUGGGUGAUUUUGACACCAUGGAUUGCACACAGCACUUACUCUUUCCUAGUGAGUGAGCCAAAGGAGAGGGACCUUACUUAUUUCCUCAUCUUUCCUCUUAUGAUGGUGAGGAUGCUGCAUGACCAAGUUUGGAUCACACUUUCUCGCCAUCGAACUGCCAAAGGCAAAAACAGAAUUGUUGACAAGGGCAUUGAGUUUGAACAAGUUGAUCGAGAAAGCAAUUGGGAUGACCAGAUCUUGUUCAAUGGGAUCAUAUUUUAUAUAGGCUAUAUGUUAGUUCCAGAGAGUUCUCACAUGCCCUUGUGGAGAACAGAUGGUGUACUUAUUACUGCUCUUUUACACGCUGGACCAGUGGAGUUUCUUUAUUACUGGUUACAUAGGGCACUUCAUCACCACUUCCUCUACUCUCGCUAUCAUUCUCACCAUCAUUCUUCCAUUGUCACAGAACCCAUUACUUCUGUGAUCCAUCCAUUUGCUGAGCACAUAGCCUACUUUGUGUUAUUUGCCAUUCCAUUGUACACAACUGUGGUUACAAGAACAGCUUCUAUAGCAUCAUAUGCUGGUUAUCUCGCAUAUAUUGACUUCAUGAACAAUUUGGGCCACUGCAAUUUCGAGUGCAUUCCAAAGGCCAUCUUCUCAGCAUUUCCCUUCCUAAAAUAUCUCAUGUACACACCAUCGUUUCAUUCACUGCAUCAUACCCAAUUUCGGACAAAUUACUCACUCUUCAUGCCUAUUUAUGAUUACAUUUAUGGUACCAUGGACAAGAGUACAGACACAACAUAUGAGAUAGCAUUAAAGAGAGAAGAAAGUUUAGCAGAUGUGGUACAUCUAACACACCUUACAACCCCAGAGUCCAUCUAUCAUUUAAGGUUGGGAUUUGCUUCCUUAGCCUCUAGACCUCAAUCUUCUACAUGGUACCUCUACUUGAUGUGGCCUUUUACACUUUGGUCUGUUCUCGUGACUUGGUUUUACGGUCAAACAUUUGUUAUGGAGAGGAAUGCUUUCAAAAUGCUCAAUUUGCAAUCAUGGGUUAUACCAAGAUUCCAUGUACAAUAUCUUUUCAAAUGGCAAAGUGAGACAUUGAACAAACUUAUAGAAGAAGCAAUACUUCAGGCUGAGUUAAGCAAAGUAAAGGUUUUAAGUCUAGGUCUUUCAAAUCAGGGAGAUUUGCUCAAUAAAUAUGGUGAACUUUACAUAAAAAAAUAUCCCGAGCUUAAGAUAAAAAUUGUGGAUGGCAGUAGCUUAGUUGUAGCUAUUGUUCUUAACAGUAUUCCUAAAGAAGCAAGCCAAGUUCUUCUUUGUGGAAAACCUAAUAAGGUUUCAUAUGCCAUUGUGAGUGCUUUAUGUGAAAGGGGAACCAAGGUUACAACUAUGUAUAAGGAUGAAUAUGACAAACUUCAAUUAAGGAUCCCCAAUGAAUCCAAAGACAACUUAGUUUUCCCAGGAUCCUAUCCUGCAAAGAUAUGGCUAUUAGGAGAUCAAUGUAAUGAGGUUGAUCAAAGAAAGGCACCAAAAGGAUCAUUGUUCAUACCUAUUUCCCAAUUCCCUCCAAAGAAACUUCGCAAAGACUGCUUCUACCACUGCACACCAGCCAUGAUAGCUCCCCCUUGUUUAGUGAAUGUGGACUCUUGUGAGAACUGGCUGCCAAGAAGAGUGAUGAGUGCAUGGCGUGUCGCAGGAAUAUUGCAUGCCUUAGAAGGUUGGAACGUCAAUGAGUGCGGAAAUGUCAUGUUUAGCGUUGAGAAAAUAAGGCAAGCAAGUCUUCAACAUGGGUUUAGGCCAUUAAAGAUUAAUAAUCUCAUUUCUGCUUCAGUUCUAAAUUAAUUACCAUGAUAUAAAUCUAAAUCAAUGUGUGUCUAUAAAUGUAUCAACAAAUUAAUCAAGUAGCUAGCUAGCUUGUGAUGUUUCCAAUUACAAUAUCAAAUUUGAUCAAACUAGCUAUAUGAAUUCUCGCAGCAUAUAUGUUGUUUACUAGAAAGUGUGUUUAAAUAAUGCAUAAGUGAUCCUUUUGAAAAA